AAAAAAAAUCAUCGUUUAGAUGUUGUGCUGCGUGUCGAGAAAGGCUUCGCCGCGAUCGAGUGACAAAAAAUCCGACGGUCAUGAAGCUCAUGAAAAACCGGUAUUGCGUCACGACUCGGAAUCGUCGUCGGGCGUCUCAUCGUCGAGUUUCGAUAACAGUGACCGUUUCAUUUCGUCGCUCUCUUCCGAUUCGACUCCUUCCUCUUCCUCGUCCCAAAACACUUCGGGAUUUUCGUCCUCUGCUUAUUCUACGAUCCGUAAAUUCACCGAUUCGAGCACCGACACAUUACCCAUACCUUCCGAAUUUUCGUCCAAUUACGACGACGCCUCUGAUUUCUUGACUAACAAUUCGAAAGCCAUUCACACCAUCGACCCAAACUCUCCGAAAAAGCAAUUUCCCGAAACUCCUAAACGACUGAAAACGUUCUCUGCACCCGCGAAACACGAUGACAAUCUCGAACUCUCGGACACUUCUACGAAAGAUGAGCCAUCGGAACUGCUCCCCUGCGCCAUAUGCGCUCGGACUUUCAAGCCCCAAUCGCUGGAGAAGCACACGCAGAUAUGCGAGCGCGCCGCCAUCAAGAAGAGGAAACCUUUCGAUUCGGCGAAGCAGAGGAUUCAGGGGACCGAGCUCGCCGAAUUUCUCCCCAAGGAAACGAUCAAACGAAAAGUUUAUCAGACCGAGGACAAAGGCUGCGGCAACCGGGGAUCGUGGAAACAGACCCAUGACGAAUUUUUACGAGCUAUUCGAGCUGCUCGUGGAGAAACCGUCGAGGGGUCCCGAGCGGCUUCGAACAACGUGACGGUCGGCGUGCCGACGCGUCCGAACGAGAAGGGGAUGUGUCCGUCGUGCAACCGGCAAUUCAGCAUAAAGUCGUACGAGCGUCACGUCGAAUGGUGCAAGGAUCGCGCGACGAAGGCGCCGGUGAGCGCGGCGACGAACAUCGCGAAGGAGCGUCUCGAGGCCCGGAUGAAGUACCGCGCGCCCGCGCUCAAGAACCGUCGCGCGACGGUGCGCGAGAAGUAUUCGCCGUCGUCGGCGACGCAUUUGGGGAGCUCCACGAGCACGAGAGUCAACAAUGGAAACUCCUCGAACGAGCGGCCCAAGGAGGCGGCUUCGACGGCGAACCGCGACGAGAAAAUGGGCCACGAGAACCCGGCCGGAAGCUGCCGGCCUCAAAGAUCUACGGCUAGCACAAGGCGCUCGGGAGCGGGCAGAGACGGGACGACCACGGGGCCGAUGAAGUCGAGACUCUCCGACCGGUCGAACAGUCUGAUCGACCGUUAUUUCGCCAACAGGAGUUUCCGCGCGGCACGGUUUUCCGCUCCUCAAUGUCCUCCUCCCAAUGACCAAAAGCAUUCCUCACCCCUGACCGUUUUCCUUCUCCUCCACCUCCGCAGGCCUUCGGCCGAGAACGAUCCCGGACCGGCCUCCGAUGUCCCGACCCCCCGAGGAGCCUCUUCGCGCCCUAGCGACGCCCCGGUUCCUCGCCACUCUCGUAACUCGCCGCAGACUCAUUUCUCCAGGGGCUCGAACGCGAGCGCGCGGUACUCGCGAAAAAGCCACGAUCCGAUGGAACUUCGGGACGAGGGCGAGGAAUAUAGUGACGAGAGAAAGGACGAGCGGCGAGCAAAGCUCCGGGGAAGCAACGAGACUUGGACGAGGCAUCGACGCGCUCAACGGAACAUCGUGCAGGCUCGAAGCCACGGGAACCCCCGCGUCAACGGGGUCGCGAUCAACGACGACGUCUUAGGGAUGAUCGUUCAACCGUGCAAUCGCAAAAAAAUUCACAACGGAGAGCCGGAAUUCGUGACGUGGAAAAAAAUCAGCGAAGACGAUUUUGGGAGGAACGAUUUUCUCAAAUUCCACUCCGUCACCGCUGCCAAAUCUGACGACGAGCCAGCACCCUUCGAAACUCUUCGUUUUCCUCAUUGGACCAGCGCAGACGAGAAACUCGAUGAAACCUACUCGGUCGGAGAACCCCUGGAGGGCGAUACCGAACUCGGGGAACUCCUUGACGGAAGAAAGAGCCGACCUGUGAUCGAGCCUCGAGAAACUCCGCCCGGAGCGAGGUCCGAAAGCGAGAGGAAGCUUCCAAGAAGCGUGCUCGAAAACUCGGCGUUUUUAACUUGCUCGAAUCUUGAACCGCUGAACUUACGCAACGUAGAAAGUGCAGACGAACCGGAAACGUCUCUCGAACGAUCCUGCAGAUCGGAGCAAAGUACGGUGAGAAAGUCUUCUCGGAGAAAAUCGAGAAAAAGUCUCCCGGAAGUGGGAGAACGAGCUUUGGGGAAGGAACCGCCGACCAGCGACCUCGGAUCGUCGAACUCCAUUUCCAGGCACUCCAGCAGGGCAAUUCGAAUUUCGAAUUCGUUGCGCGACCCUCGGUCCCCUAAAAAAUCGACUGGCAAAGAGCCCUCGAGCGAGACCGACGAGAAAAAUGAUGGCAGUGAACCUAUUGGAGUUGCGAAGACUUCCCGCUCGUCGAAAAGCACAACAUCGAUCAACGACAGCGUCGAUGAAUUAUUCAAGAAAAAAGUCACUGAAGUUUAUGAGCUCGUCGAUGGAAAUGAAUUCGUUGCUCGAGAAUCCUUGAACUUUCAACUUCGCGAGGAGGAAAAUCCUCGAAAGCGUUAUUCCGAAGAUGUUUCCCCAGAACUUGAUAAACCGGAGCGAAGCCCGGAGAUUCCGGAACCGUCGAUCGGCGACAAGUCGGCGAAAAGUGGUGAAGAUUCGUCGAGGCGAGCAAGACGAACGGAUUCGAAAGAAUCGUUUUCCCACGACCCGUUCAGUGAGGCAUCUCGAAGUGACAAAAACUUCGGAGAACCAACAGGCAACAACGUUGCAAAGAAAAAUCGUCGAAGGAACGACAAAGUUGUCUCUGCCCCGGGGACUUCAAGGACCCAGAAAAAUGCUCAGCCUCCAAAGCCUAACUGUGAGGAUCUGUUGACGAAAAAACUGGCGCGUAUGCACUCGAUUGCCAAAAACCUUCAUUUCCCAGUGGACGAUCAUUCGAAAAGAGGAAAUUCAAAGAAAAAAGUUUUCCCUCGGGACUCGGAGGUCGACAGCGACAAAAAAACGUCGCUCCCGGUCGAUCGGGUUACCGAAAACACGAGAACCAAAGAAAAUGAGAAAAUUCCCGAAGCAGCGAGUGACCGAGCUCAAAAUCCGACUCGAUUCUCGGAGAAGGAAAACGAGACGAAAGCAGAAACUAAAAUUAACUACAGAAGAUGUAAAACUUACGUGAUCGACAAAAAAAGUGAUCACGAAAAAAAGCAUCACGCGCCACCGGGAUUCCCAGACGGGAAACCCGAGCAGAAGAGACGGAAAAUAGAAAAUUUCGAAAGAGCAGAAGUCGAGACCGAGAUGCCCCAGCCGGUUGGAACCGAAGAGGACAAAAUUGAAAAUGGACUCGAAAAAUGUGUCAAAGAAUCGGAGAACGCCACGGAAAUCGAGGCUGUAAAAAGUGUCCCCGAGUGCAGCAAAAAGUACGUAAAUUCUAACUUGAAUAAUGACAGCGACGAAACUCUCAUGAGCGAGAAUUGUCGCAGAGAUUCGGAGCCGGGAAGCUCGACAAAGAAGCAGGAAAAUUCGUCGUCUUUCGAUGUCCACGAAUUCUCGGAUUCGUACCUUCCACGAAAGCAAAUUCCACUCGAGACUUUUUUCGGCACGCAGGAGAACCGGGAAGGCGAAAAUGUCCAGCGCUCCAUCUCGGAAUUCGAGCCAAUUCCGACAGCCCCGAAUCUCGAAGAAUCGCGGACUAAAAACUCUGGCGAGGUCACUCUCUGGGUUAUUGAAAAACAAGCGGAAGUCGAGGAAUCUCCCGAAGUAACGAAAAAUAACGGCGACACGAGUCCGCUCGACGCUACUUUUUCAGGCGACGAAUCCCCCGAAAUUCAAAACUCUCCGGAGACGUCACGAAAACACGUGAAAAAUCCGCCCGAAAAAAGUCACCGAGGAAGCGUCGAAGCCCCGGAGUUCCGAGAUUGUGACAAGAGGAUCGAAAAGCCCAACUCGGAAAAUCGGGUCCUCCCCGAAGCCGUGGAAAAAUCGGAGCAGCAGAGUGCGUCUGCGACGAGGAAAAAGUUGCGUGAAAAAAAGGAAAUUCUUCGUGAAGAUACGAACGAUUUGAUCGCGUCCGUCGAGAGUGUGGAUGAAGUAUCGAGCAGGAGAAAUUCGUUGGCGAACGUGGGGUCGCCGGAGUCGCGCUCGUUGGGCGAAAUCGAGGAGGAGACGAUCCAGGAGAUUUUUUUCCAAAAGUUCGGAGACACGUACGAAAGCAAAUUAGGAACAUGCGGAUUCUUGCCGGAAAUUCCGGUCGAUCGAAUAGCCGCUAGAAACGAGAACUCGAAAAAUGCUAAAAGGUUGCUGGGCUUCGACGCCGCGCCGUUCGCCUGGCAAAGGGGCACGAAAAACUCGAGCGUCCGACUCAUCAGUCUCGACGCCCCGAAAUAUCACCGGGAAACAAAGAUCCCGUGCAAGAGAUUGGCGCACGUGACAAAUCUCCCACCGGUCGUUCCGUUCGGCAGAGAAAAGCGAAGGAUCUUCGAUCGAGAUUUUCGAGCCGUAUGGAGUAAAUACGUGCGCAGGCAUCCGGACUUUAAUCUCGUACUAACGGGUAGAACUGGCAGCUGUCCAGAGUACGAUCCUUUUCUGAUUGCGGAGCGUCAGAUGAACGAACUGUUGUCGGACACGUGUAGCGAAAAGUCGGUAACGGAUUCGUCAUCGAACCGUCGCAGAUCGUCGCUGUCCCCCACCCUCCCAAGCUAUCCUCUCACUCAUUCCUCGGCGUUCGUCAAAUACGGGGAUUCGCCGGUGGGGAAAAUGGCGAAAUUGCCGGAAAAGCGGGUUUCUCUGAUAGCUCCGCCGACCGAAUUUGACGACUUUUCAUCCGAUUCGACGGAAACGAAUUCGAUAUCGCGCGAAAUAAGUAACGGAUACAACACGAACUCUCGGUCUCGUGACGCUCGCCACGAGAACGAGGAGGCGCGGAGGAAAAAUGGCGGACGCGAUCACGUGCUCGGGAGACGAGUAAUAAUCGACAAAUCGAAAGCACUCGGUGUAAAAGACAUGUACGACGACACCGCGUCCAUUCGUUCGCUCCUAGAAAACUCCUCGGGUAACGGAAAAGUACGAAAAUUGUUCGAAAAAAAAACGAGUCCGAAAGUAACUCGAUCGAAUUCCGUGAGAACGAAUUUGAGUCAGAAAACGAACGACAAAAAAAUCAACAAUUCCGGCCAUUCGCCAAACGACAAAUUGAACAAUAUUCAAAACCAUAGAAAUAACAAUUAUCCUAGUCUCAGCGGCAGCAAUGUCAGCCUCAGUUCCAUCGUUUCCAGCGAUGUCGAAGUCAAAAGAUCCAACUCGGCGUUCGACGAGCUCGCGAGCUCCUGCGACGACGACACUUCCCCCACUUACCCUUCUCUAACGUAUUUGCUUAAAAAUGAUUCCCUCUCCAUUGCCAGUCCCGUCCAAUCCAAUCGACAGCGUAACGGGCAAAUCAGCGACGAGGAAUUCUCAUCCCCCGACAGCUUCAAGAGACACCACGAGCACAACAAACUCAGCGCUGAUUCAGCCUACAGCAGUUUGAAUCGAAAAUACUCGAACCACGGGCGCAGCACGAACGAAAUGAUCGGACGUCACGAGGAGGACUCGCCGCUGCAUCGUCGGGAGGCUGAAACCGUUGGAUCGAUAACGAGAUCAAAACUGUCCAAAUUUUGUCACGAAUGUGGCUCCAAGUUUCCAGAUACUGCCAAGUUCUGUUGCGAGUGCGGAAUCAAAAGACUGGCGCUUUGAGAAGAGGACGAACAACGGAGCCCGUGUAUUGAGACAAAAAAUCCACAUUCGAAUAUCCGAACUGCCAAUAAGCAAAAAUACGUACCGCUGACCGUCAACGUCACUUUUUUAUUUAUCAAUACAUUCUUUGAUCUCGACUCUCCAAAAAAUUAUAGAUUUCUACGCUAAACGAAAACGAGGAAAACGAGGUGCGCUUCGGAGAACUUGAUUAGCGCACCCCUUUGUUACGAAAAAGCUCGUCGAAAGUGGAGAUGGAGAAUGCCAAAAUGAAAAGUUACGACGACGGGUCAGCACGCCCCCGGUGACAGAGUCGAGCAAAGCGAAAACGUCGAAACCGUUAUCAAUUUUUACAGCUACAUUAUUUUUAUUGUAACCAUGAUUAUGUAUUACGUGUAUCUUCCUUUAUUUAUUUACACACGCACAGGAUAACACACACACAUACACUUAUAAAUAUGUUAAUCGCUCGAAGCUGACAAUUUCGGUUCUGGGACCUUUUCUCACUAAUCCACCGUGUUAAUAAUUUUCUGGAAAAGUGUCACGUACACGAAAAAAUGUUUUACGAACAGAAUCAUCGACGAAGGUUUUUAUAUGAAUUUUUUUUACGAAAUGGGAUAAAGUGGGUUGAACUCGAAAAAGAAAAAAAAUCAGAAUGUGUAAAGGUGUCUCCAUUUUUUAUAAUACGAGCCCGGCGGAGACGAUCAUGUCGUGUAAAUGUGUGUGAAAUAAAGAACGAGGAAAAAACGUGACACGCAAAA